GCAGGGCCGGAGCCCCGCCCCUUCCGCUUCUCUGGCCUGACCUUCCUGCGACUGGGCCGCGCGCGGAGCCGACGUUGACGCGUCCUCGCGAUUCGGCCCGACGCGCCCCCUCUCGCGACAUCAUGGUGGCAUACUGGCGACAAGCUGGACUCAGCUACAUCCGAUACUCCCAGAUCUGUGCAAAGGCAGUGAGAGAUGCACUGAAGACAGAAUUCAAAGCAAAUGCCGAGAAGACUUCUGGCAGCAGCGUAAAAAUUGUGAAAGUGAAAAAGGAAUAAUCUACCCUGACUAAAGCUUGACAUGCUACAUUUUCAAGGUGAAGAUGUAUGGGCACAUGUUAUGGCAGAUUGAAAACGAUCUCGCUUCAUGGGGAAAACAAAAAAAUACCUGUCUUGUUAAUAGAUUGACAAUGCCAAUAAAGUGAAGCAUGGGUCACCCUG